CUCCGAUGAGCACCAGUCGUCUGUAGAUCUUUCUAUUGACUGGUGACCUCUCGAUCCAGUAGAUUUCUUAACUUCUGUUUUGAUUCUCGCCUCCUUAAAGUCUUCGCGCUCAGUGCAAGUGAUUAAAAAAUAUUCAAACAAUCGUUUUUUUUUCUUAAAAGUGAACAGCAGUUUGAAUAUAAUCUCGUGUCUCACGAAACAAAACUAUCAGUUAAUGAAAAGGUUUUCAUUGAUAUCCAGCUCAUUUGGUUCAUUUCAUUUUGGAUAGCACGAGAUCAAAGAUAUAAGAAAUGAAUUCACAAAAUUCAAAUAUCUACAACCCUCCCACGUCAUAUCCGUUCCUGCCAACUACACCAAUGUCGCAUACGAUGCCGCAGUUCUACGAAAUGUAUCCAGGGUCCCAUCAGAAUCAUACCUACACGGGAUAUUCUCCACGAAGAAAUGGUGGCAUGACGAGAUCGGAGUCUGAGGAGAGCAAUAAUACUACUUUAAAACCUUUACAGAAUGAUUUUCAAUCUGGACCACAAAAUGGACCCACUUCAAGUACAUUUGGGUAUUAUGCGCAACUCUCUCCUCCGUAUUCACCUGGUUCUGAAGGGUAUCUGUCUUCGGUUGCUGCGUCUCCGGCACUCCCGCAAAGCAGUUUAACUCUAUUUAAAAGUAUGCACUGGAGUAGUUAUGUGUCACAGGGCCCAUUCCAUCCUGAUAUCCCAGCUCAUCCUACAAGUAAUUUGACAGCAAGGGCGUCUCCAAGUUCAUCCACACAAAGUGACGGUAUAAGAAACAACAUACAUCAACACGAAAACGACGUCAACUGUUCUCUGCCGAAUACGGAAAAUGAUGGCGGUCCAUUCAAUGAUGAUGUGCCUCAGGAUUUUUCUUCUGAUGAAGAGAAUUCAGAUGAAGUUGAAGGAGAAAGUAAAGCUCGCUCGAAAAUAAUCGACAAAAACACAUACCUAACAGAACCAGGCUGGUUAAUUCCAAAGAUAAACAAAAGAGGAGUCGAACAAAUAGUCAAAUGUAAGAAGUGUAAAAAGCAAUUUAACACAAAAGUUAAGAUGUGGAAUCAUCUGGCAGAGGUUCACUUCACAUCGGGAAAAAUGAUUCGAUGCACGGAGCCUUACUGUGCGUUUGUAACCGACCUAAAACACCAUUGGGAAUACCACAUGUACAGGCACACAGGAAUAAAACCUUUCGGGUGUGACCUGUGCAAAUAUCGUUGCAUCAACAAGGCGAUGCUAAAGAGCCAUAUGAAAUCCCACUCGAAUACAUAUGAAUACCACUGUGCUAGCUGCCCAUUAAAAUCCAAGUUCCACCAUACCUUCAAACAACAUCUUGAGGAAACCGGACAUCGACAAGGGAAAACCUACGAUGAAUAUGGAAACCUUUGUAACAAAAUAAUUGAUGUCGGCGGAAAGCGCAGAGGACCGAGAAAGCCUGGCCAAAAAAAAUCAAAAACCAGCGAAGCAACAAUCGUGUCUCCUCCUGAAACUCCACAUUAUCGCUUGAGCCCUGCUCAAGUCGCUCCACUGGACCUGAGCACAACAGAUUCGAGUAUUAAUCCAAUGGACCUAAGCACGUUUGGAAGUGAGAUUGCGACUCCAACUGAAAGCUUGCCCAAGGUGUCUGGCAGCAGCAGACGCAAGGGCAAAGCUGUCAAAUGUGUUCGUAAGCAAGUAAGAAAGGAAAUUCAUGAAUUGAAUAGCUCUCUUACAAUCAAGAAGGAGCCCGUGGACAUACCUGAGGAACCACCAGUCGACAUCGGAAGUUGUUAUUGCCAACAUUGCCAAGUUUUUUUUGGCUUCCAUGACUUGUACAAUGAGCACAUGCGUUAUCACACUAUCGGUGAUCCAACUCGUUGUAAAAUUUGCCACAAACGGUAUGAGAAUGCGGUCUCAUUCUACAGGCACAUUGGCGUUGAGCCUCACAAUGUUUGAUUCUACGACUCAAGGACUCGAGGGAUGUAAGUAAAAAUUGAUAAGCUAUACAUUAUUAUUGAAUAACUUUUGUUUGUUUAUUUUACGGCUGCCACUUGUAAGAGUAAAAUAAACAUAUAAAGUUUAUCUAGUCGUACUUGAAAUAAUGUACAUUUGAUACGUUUUUAUAAACCCACUUGUUUUUACUUGCAAUUGAAAAAAAAUUGUAAAUUCAAAAGUGAUCAAACCAAAACUACAUUUUUUUUUUUUCUAAAUUAACUCGUCAUUCAUUAUUUUUUUUUUUUUGACAAUUAAAAAUUCAUUCAAUUCUGGUUAAAGUAAAAUGUGAUGUACAUUUUAAACAUUUUCUUUUAUAAAAAUUUUUUUUUUUUUUUUCACAAUUCGCAUACUUAAUUUUAAUAAAAAAUUAUUAUAAGUAAAUAAUAAAUUAUGUGAUGGUUGUAUUUAAAAAAAAAACUUGAAAAAUUUCAGUUAUGUUCUGUUAGAAAAAAAUAAUUUAAAGUUUUUAAAAUUAAAUUUUGUUUUUAAAUUUCGAUAGAUCGAAAUUUCCGGUGAUUUAUUUAAUAACAAAACUGUUUAUUUUUUCAAGUUUUAUUUUUACAGAGAGUAAGAAUUAGUCUAGGGAUUUUUUUUUUAAGAAUAAUACAAACCGGACAAAUUGAAUAAUUAUUCAAAAAAUCAAUCGAUGGUUUAUGUAUUAUAUGUCAAUAAUUAUAUAAAAUAAACGCAGAUGUCCUCAUAAAAAAAAUAUUCAUAAGAAUUGGUGCAGUCGAGGAUCUCGAUGAGAACUUAAGACUGAUAAUAAAAUUCUUUAUGCGCGAUUGCUCAAAAUAUUUUUUAUAAUGAAGUAUGCAAACAAUAAUAACAUUAAGUUGGUACAGCAUUCGUCGCUUUUUCAUGCUCGCCACUUAAUAGUAUUUUGUUUGCUUCAUUUCGCGUAAUGUGUAAAAAGAAAAAUUUUUUUAAAAUAAUCUUAUUAAAAGUAAUAAAAAAAAAUAUUUUUUAAGUAAAAAACCAUUCAUUGGUAAAAAUUGAGAUUUAAGUUGAAGAGAAAGAAAUGAACAAAACAAAAUAAAAUAAAUAAUUUGAAAAAAAAGUGUGCAUAGAAAACAAUAAAAGUAAAAAAAUAUCCGUAGACAAUAAUUAAGUUUUUAUUGUUAUCAAAUUAAGAUUAGAAAGAGGAAUGAAACCAUUCAUGUGUUGUAGAUUAUAUAAAUCUAUAAGCAAUGUAUAUAUAAAGAUAUAUGUAUGUAUAUAUAUAAAUAUAAAAAUAAGUCGGCAUGUAAAUAAUUAAUUUCAUUUAUAUAAUUUCUGUAAAAAAAAUUUUUUGAUAUAUUUCAUACAAUUUUUCUAUUAGAAAUAAGAUAACUGAAAAUAUAUUCUUGCAAUGCUGAAAAAACUAAUAUCACAUUAUUAAUAUUCAAACUGUAAUUAUAAAUAUAAAUAAUAUAUGAUAAGUAAAAUUGUAUUUUCUAUAAAAUGUAACUUAAUAUUUAAAAAAUGUAAAUUAUCUAAAAUUGCUUAAUAUGUCAGCAUUGCAAUUUAUUAAUUGGGUUAUAAUAUCAGUUGCAAUACUUCUAUUCCAAGAUUUGACUGAAUUUUAUAAAAAAUUUCCGGACUUGUCCAUUCGUCAGUAAAGUUCAGUCAGAGAAAUUCGAUAUUUGGUCAUGAGUUUUGGCUUAAAGAAAUUUUAAAUAGAAAAUUCUACUUUAAUCAUCGACUUCUAGUUUUUCAAGUUUUGAAUUCCCGCUCGAAAUUUUGAAUUCAAAUCAAAAAUACUAGACGUCUUUAAGCCGAAAUUAUCAUUAUCUUGUUGAAUGAGUCCGGAGUAUAAGUGACAAAAAAAAUUCAAAAAAAAAAUUCAAAAAAAAAAUUCAAAAAAAAAAAAAAAAAAAAAAAAAAAAAAAAAAAAAAACUAAA